AUGGAGUUCACACUGACGCCCGUCCUCCCCUCGGACGCCCCGGCAAUAACCGACGUGUUCUUCACCUCAUUCACAAACGCACUCAGCCAGCGCAUGUCCCCCGACACCGAGGACGUGCGCGCCUUCGAGAACGCCUUUUUCAAACACGCCGCUGAAGAGGCGCAGUCAAGCAAGGGGUCGGAUUUCAUCAAGGUGGUGGCCAGCGAGCCCGGACAGGAGGGGCAGGAUCCGGUGAUUGCGGGGUUCGCGCUGUGGAAGUACUACGAGGGCGAGAAGGACCCGCACGAGGGAGAGAAGAUCGAGUGGCCGCCUAGUAGCGACAGUGCGCUGUGCGAGUCAUUCUUCACUGGUGUAGACCAGGAGCGGAGGAUGGCAAUUGGGGACCAGCCGCAUUAUUGUGCGUUCUCCUACUUUCUUCCCUAUGGUGAAGCUGACAUGACAGACCUGAGUAUUCUGGGGGUGGACCCGAAGUUCGGGCGCCAGGGACUCGGCGGGAGGCUGUUGAAAUGGGGCCUGGACCGUGCGGAUCAGGAACAGCUUAUUACGUUCAUUUCGUCUUCUCCGGCGGGGCGGGGAUUGUAUGAGAAGCAUGGAACUAGAGCUGUGCGCAGUUACGAGGUUAUCCCGGGGUAUUUCGAGACGUCGAUGGUGCGGUCUGUUGGUGGAGUGCGGAGAUGUAAAUAG